GCGGCUAUAUGAAAGGGUGUCCCAGCCAGGGCAGACAUCCAUAUGGGAGGGUUUUAAAACAGUAGCGGAAUGCGCGUCUCACCUGUGAACACUAUUGUCAAAAACUUUUCCCGUGUGGUUGGACACUGCAGCUCCUAAACUGAGGAAGAUUUAAACUACGUGAUAAGAUGGACGAAGAGGACUUUCACGAUGAGCAGCAAUUGGACAUAUUGGAUCUAACCGACUCGUCCUCGGGCAUGGCCAAGGGCAAGGGCUCCGCAGACAGCACAGACAGCGCAGCGGAGGUUGUGGACGAGGCUGACAAGGCCAGAGUGGGUCAAACGGAGAAGCCCCCAUACUCUUACGUCGCCCUCAUUGCCAUGGCCAUCAAGGAGAGCCGAGAAAAGAGGUUGACCCUGAGCGGGAUUUAUCAGUUCAUCAUCUCAACAUUUCCCUACUACGAGAAAAAUAAGAAGGGGUGGCAGAACAGCAUUCGGCACAACCUCAGUCUCAACGAGUGCUUUCUCAAAGUACCCAGGGAGGGCGGAGGUGACAGAAAAGGGAAUUUCUGGACUUUGGAUCCUGCAUUUGAGAACAUGUUUGAGAAAGGGAACUACAGACGCAGAAGAAGGGUGAGGAGACCCUACAGACCUGCCAUCGUUCCUUACAUAGCGGGGACCACCUGCAUGGACUAUCCGGAGCACUUCUACCUGCAACAGAAACCUGUCUAUGUACAGGCGCCUUUUGUCAGUAACCCCUGGACCCUCUCCCAGCCAAACUCACCUCAGGCCACCUCAUACAGCUACCCCCAGUCGCAGCCCAUCAACGGACAAGUGCACUCAGUGUCCCCAAAUGGAUACACCAGCUCCCCUGUAACCUACUACCACAACCAUCAGUUCCACGCCACCUACAGUGCUUACCACCGACAUGCGUCCGUCCUGAUGCCACAUAACGGAUGCCCCUGUGGUUGUGUGACCCAGCCUUUGAGCCCCAGCGGUGGCUCGACUUCCCAAGCGUGCUACCCCCAGUUCUCCUUUGCCAGACAACCAGAAAUGCCACUCGCGCACUCGUUUGAGUAGAAAUGUUGGACUCGAGCACUUGAACGCCUGUUUUUCAGCUGUCAUUCAUAAAAUAGCCAGUUAGUGUAAAUAUAGACAGCUUGUUGUUUUGAUAUGUGCUAAUAUAUUUUAUAGCUUAUCAACGAAAUACGUUUUUUGGCUAAAUAAAUAUGUCAAUCUGCUGAUAUGUGUUAAGAUGUUCAUGCUAUUCAAAUAUUCAUUUACAGUGUUCGUUAGGUGGGAACAUUGGACAUUAACUGUGGACAUUCAUGUAUUCUGCUGUCCCGGGGGUGACACGUAGGCCUAUGUAGAUAGACCUGUUCUUCCCCAAAUAAUUGAGUCAAUUUCAAAGAAAAUGUAUCAUGCUUCUUUGUUACAGGUAGGCUAUUAGGCCUGUAGGUGUUUGUUGUAAAUGUUAUAUAUUUUCCGUUUUCUAGUGUAGGCCUAUACACCUUUAUAUGCCCGGUAUAAAAGUUUAAUAAAUUAUUAUUGAAGUUUUCCUCUGGAUUUUCAACUCGAGGCAUUUGGAUUCGUUAUAAGUUCAUUGAAUGUGGAAUGUGUGGUAACCAACAUCUUCGUUUAUUUCAAUAAAAUGAUAUUUUUGAAUCAAUAUUGCCUCAUCUAUUUUGGGUUGCACAAACAAUCUUCAUGUCCUGUAUGUAGGCCUAUGAUCCGAUGUUUUUCAAACAUGGCUGGGAUAAGUUUGAUCAAGUUAUUACAAUGGGGAAAGAGGCCAAUGGUUUGAUUAGCUAAAACAUAUUGUAGCCUACUGUUUAAAAGUAAUAUUUGAGGUGCAUGUGUCCUCUUCUUGCCAAAUUGCAGGCAUAUUAUUUUAAUUCAUGGAGAUUUUUUGAUUAACCUGUAGGCCUAUUGACUAACCAUGGUUUCAAAUAAACUAAUCUUUCACGUGCA